AUGACCAUUUUCAUAGCACCGCAAACCUAUAGUGUCAGAGCCUCAUCCAGGUCAACGGCUUUCUGGGAGACACGCGACAGUGUCCAAGCCACGCAACAGUCUCGCAAGUCUCCCACUUGGGACGAGGCGUAUGUUCAAACGCACGCGUACCGGCGCAACUCACACUUGCAGGCGUACGCGACCCUCAUCGACCCGUUCCUGGCGCUCCACCUGUACAGCUCGCUGCUUCCCAUCACAUCUUUGACCCUCCCGCCAUGGACCUGGCAGCAGGCGAUGCACAAGAUGACGGCCUUGUUCCAUAUUGGGCCGGUGCUCGUGACAGAGAACGUGCCGGAGUACAUGGUCGACAAGCGGCUUGGCAGCGAGAAUUACAACCUCACUAAGACGCAGCUCGUGAACACGGCGCCAGUGGGCAUCCCAACGCUGCAGAGCGGCGACUGGGCAUGGCUGCAACCGUACAUGGAUGAGCUAGCAAGCAAGCUUCUACCGGGAAAGCCAGGAGAUGAGCCAGAUCCGGAAGCCCCGAACGGGCGGUUGUUCAUACCGCUGGCGAUGAGGCCGGUGGACGAGAGGGCGCGGUUCGAGAAGGGCCUGUACACCGCAUUAGAAGGAUAUCUACAGCUGACCAGGCGGGCGUGCCGUUCGACGAGGGGAAGGAAAAGCCAAACCUAG